AUGUCGUCUAAAAACGAUUUUUAUGGCGGAUCCCGUUUUUUGACACCUCUUGCAGACGUGGUUGGAAUUCCCAUCGAUCAGAUAAACUUUUUGGUGUGCCAGGUUGUGGCCCUGUGCUUUGCUUUUCCAUUCAGGACCCAUCUGUCUGCGGAAAAAGUUGGAACCACUACGAGACAUGUUAUCGAGGCAGUAGUUGGGGUGCUUCUGACUUUUUUUUGUUUUGGAUAUCAGAUCUGGCACCUUCUGGCUCAAUCUGUUGUCAGCUAUGCCUUUUUGGCGUACGGAGGGAAAAGGUUCAGCCAUGCACUGGUGUUUGGCUUCACUAUGAUGUAUCUGUCAGGCUGCCAUAUUUAUCGGCAGAUUUACGACUAUGGAGGAUACACACUUGACAUCACUGGGCCUUUAAUGAUACAGACUCAGAAACUGACAAGCCUGGCGUUCGCUCUCCAUGAUGGAAGGUAUAAGGACGAGUCCACGUUAACUCGAGACCAGAAGGAGCAUGCUGUCAGGAAGCUUCCCAACAUCCUCGAGUACUUCAGCUACAUGUUCUACUUCCAUGGCAUCAUGGUGGGGCCUCUGACCUUCUACAAUGACUACAUUGCAUUUAUUGAUGGAACCAACUUCAGUAAGCCAGGCUCAUCUCAGAAUGGCAGCUCACGAAGACACCCAGCAGAUAGUUUGAAUAAAAUUGUGCUGAGGAAACUGGUCAUUGCUUCAGCAUGUUGCGCUGGCAUGAUGAUUCUGCCUGGUCUCUUUUUUCCACCAGAGAAAUUAAACA